AUGCCUUCCGCCCUCGUCACCGUGGCCUACCCCUCCCAGCCGGACGCCAAGUUCGACCUCGACUACUACAACACCAAGCACAUCGGCCUGGUCACCGAGAAGUGGUCCAAGUUCGGCCUUCAGCAAUACUGGGUCGCGGACCUGCGGCCAUCUAACGGUCCUUAUGCCAUCCAGUGCACCAUGCUCUGGGAGUCGCUCGAGGCCUUCCAGAAGGCGGCCGCCGCGGAGGACUCGGCCGCGGUCUUUGCAGACGUCCCCAACUUCACCAAUUUGAAAGCAAUCCUCCUGUCCGGAGAGGUCGUGAAGUCCAACUAG